CGCUAUCUUUUGUCACAUCCCUCAUUUAAAUUCUUCUAUUCAAAUUGACCUAAGUAAAAGUGUGACAUAUUGUACACUCACUUACAAGAGAAAGACCAAAAAGUCUUUACUAUUGCUUUUUAUAAAGUAAAAAUAAAAAAAUAAAAAAAAUCCUAGCUAUGAGAAUGCUCAUAUAAAAAGAGAGAAAUCCCAUCCUACAAAGAGAAGUAUAUCAGAAUCAUACACUCUCUCCCCUCCCACAGCGCUCAAAAGAUACUGUGUGUAUGUGUGUGUGUAUAUAUAUAUAUAUAUAUAUAUAGAGAGAGAGAGAGAGAGAGAGAGAGAGAGAGAGAGAGAGAGAGGGAGAGAGAGAAAUACAUAAAUUCCUACAAGCUGCUGAUAAGGUAUAUAAGCCAUCCAUUGCAACAAUCUGUGCAUCCCCUUCCAUUUGAAGAAAUUCAUAUUCCUUUUUGAUCUUCAGCAAAAGAUUUCCUCUGUCAUAAAUUAAGUCUUCUUUUGCUUCACCAACAGAUAGAUUCUGUGCCACUUUGAGCCAUCUGCUAUCUUCUUGUCACUCUUUUAAUAUGAAAGCCAGAUCAUCAUCACAACAGUUCUUAAGAUUGGUGGCAGGAGCUUAACUAAGUCAUGACGGGCAAUGGGAUGGCCUUCUUCUCAGCAAAUUUCAUGCUUCAAACCCCUCACGAUCAUGACGAUCAUCAACCUCCCACUUCUCUCAAUCCAAUGUUGCCUUCCUGCACACCUCAAGAUUUUCAUGGUGUGGCAUCAUUUCUAGGAAAGCGAUCAGUGUCAUUUUCAGGGAUUGAAUUGGGUGAAGAAGCUCAUGGGGAAGAUGAUUUAUCAGAUGACGGGUCACAGGCAGGAGAGAAGAAGAGGAGGCUUAACAUGGAACAAGUGAAAACACUUGAGAAGAACUUUGAGUUGGGGAAUAAGCUUGAGCCUGAGAGAAAAAUGCAGUUGGCCAGGGCUCUUGGCUUGCAGCCAAGACAGAUUGCUAUAUGGUUCCAGAACAGGAGGGCAAGGUGGAAGACAAAGCAAUUGGAGAAAGACUAUGAUGUCCUUAAGAGACAGUUUGAAGCAAUCAAAGCAGAUAAUGAUGCCCUCCAAGCUCAGAACCAAAAACUUCAGGCAGAGAUAUUGGCAUUGAAAAGUAGAGAACCAGCGGAAUCUAUCAACCUCAACAAAGAGACAGAGGGCUCUUGCAGCAACAGAAGUGAAAACAACUCAGAUAUCAAGUUGGACAUUUCAAGAACGCCAGCUAUCGACAGCCCUCAAUCUACUCAUCCAAAUCCAACCAGCAGAACCCUCUUUUCAUCCUCUCUAAUAAGGCCGCCUUCUGGAGUGGCACAGCUCUUUCAAAACACAUCAAGGCCUGAAGUAAUCCAAUGCCAGAAGAUUGAUCAGAUGGUCAAAGAAGAAAGCUUGACCAACAUGUUCUGUGGCAUUGAUGAUCAGUCUGCAGGGUUUUGGCCAUGGUUAGAAACACAUCAAUUCAAUUGAGCCGAACCCACCAAAGUGUUAAAUUGAGCCAAACUAAGAUUACCAUGUUUCUAUAUUGAGUUUUUAAUUAAAAUAUUCCAUGUUUUGGUACUUAGAUUAAAUAUCAAGUUCAAUUUUCAAGUGGGGGCUGGAAAUCUUUAUGGAGGAAUUAAUAAAGGGGUAUGUUAUAUGUGUCUUUGAACUAGAUACCAUGUUUUCUAGAGGUGAUGGGGAGAAAUGUUUGCCUUACCAGAUUGGUUAAACUUAACGGGAUAAAAAAAUCCAAGAGAAAUUGAAUUACAUUUGGCAGCUAGUGACUGAAUGUUACAGCUCCUAGCAUUAGCAUGGGCCAUGAAAUAAAAAAGGGAUUCUCUCCUUCAGUUGUCUGUUUUUUUUCUUA